GUCUGAGGGAGCGAGGGGAACGAGCUGGGGAGUCAGCUCUUGGAACCCCCCCUGUCACUGACUCACAGAGCUAGAAGAGAAUGGGCGUGAAGAUCUGAAACCACCGUCUGGGCACAGUUUAUAUCCUGUUAAAUAAAACAGAAGAAAAAUGUCGGUCAGUAAUCACGAGAACCGUAAGUCCCGCUCUAGCACGGGUUCGAUGAACAUCCAUUUAUUCCAUAAACCUGGCCAUGCAGAUAGCCUUCUAACACAUCUAAACCUGCUCCGUAAACGCUGCCUCUUCACAGAUGUGGUGCUGUUGGCUGGAAAUCGUGCUUUCCCAUGUCAUCGGGCAGUCCUAGCUUCCAGCAGCCGUUAUUUUGAGGCAAUGUUCAGUGGCGGGCUAAAAGAAAGCCAAGACAGAGAAGUUAACUUUCAUGAUGCUCUGCACCCUGAGGUCUUGGAGCUGCUCCUGGAUUAUGCCUAUUCUGCACGUAUUAUACUAAACGAGGAAAAUGCAGAGUCCUUGUUGGAAGCUGGAGAUAUGCUACAGUUUCAUGACAUACGAGAUGCAGCUUCAGAGUUCCUGGAAAAGAAUCUUCAUACAGCAAACUGCUUAAACAUGAUGCUGAUAUCUGAUGCACACUGCUGUGAGAGAUUGUUUGAGCUGUCUUGGAGAAUGUGUCUGUCCAAUUUUGUGGAAUUAUCAAAAACAGAAGACUUUUUAAGAUUGCCAAAGCUCAAACUGAUGGAGCUCAUCCUAAGUGAGGAGCUUGAAGUGGAAGAUGAAAGUCUAGUCUAUGAAGCUGUGAUAAGAUGGAUAAAAUACAAUCUUUGUCUUCGAUUAGAUGAUCUACCAGAUCUACUGCGCUGUGUCAGGCUAGCUCUGCUCCCAGACCAGUAUCUCCAAAGUCUGGCUACAGAUGAUUUGGUAGUUCAGAACAAGCAGGCAAAAGCAAUUGUGGAAGAAGCAACACAUUGCAGGAACAAGAUUCUGCAGAAUGAUGGGUUAGUGACUGGUUUCUGUGCACGUCCUCGGAAAGUUAGCCAGGCCUUGCUACUCUUGGGAGGGCAGACAUUUAUGUGUGACAAAAUCUAUGUAAUGGAUCAGAAGACCACUGAAAUAAUACCCAAGACUGACAUUCCUAGCCCUCGCAAAGAGUGUAGUGCCUGUGCCAUUGGCUGCAAAGUGUAUGUUACAGGAGGGAAGGGGGCAGAAAAUGGAGCUUCUAAAGAUGUCUGGGUCUAUGACACCCUGCACGAUGAAUGGUCCAAGGCAGGACCUAUGCUUGUUGCCAGGUUUGGCCAUGGAUGUGCAGAGCUUGACAGCUGUCUUUAUGUAGUUGGUGGCCAUACAGCCAUAACGGGGGCAUUUCCAGCAUCUCCUUCUGUAUCACUGAAGCAAGUUGAACAUUAUGACCCACAAGUAGACAAAUGGAGCUUGGUAGCUCCCCUAAGAGAAGGUGUGAGCAAUGCUGCAGUAGUUGGAGCAAAGAUGAAACUUUUUGUGUUUGGAGGUACUAGUGUCAACCGUGAAAAACUCCCCAAAGUCCAGUGUUUUGAUCCAGUUCAAAAUAGAUGGACAGUGCCCACUACCUGCCCUCAACCCUGGCGUUACACUGGUGCUGCUGUUUUAGGAAACCAUGUCAUUGUGAUAGGAGGAGACACUGAGUUCUCAGCCAGUUCAGCCUAUCGCUUUAAUAGUGAGACCUAUCAGUGGUGCAGAUUUGGGGAGGUUUCCUCAAAAAGGAUUAGCUGCCGUGCAGUUGCUUCUGGCAAUAGACUAUAUGUAGUAGGUGGAUACUGUGGUUCGCAGCGGGGUAAAACACUGGACUGUUACGAUCCUGCAAGUGAUACAUGGAGCAGUGUGACCACAGUGCCUUAUUCUCUCAUCCCAACAGCCUUUGUCAGCACAUGGAAGUACCUUUCUGCUUGAGUCUGAAGUUUUUCCUUGGUGGACUAUUAUGAAAAUGAAUAAUUUUAUGGUGGAACAGUUUGGAAAUAAUCUAGACCAUUGUUAACGUCUAGCUGGAUGGCAAGAAUGUACACAGGAGAUGGAAAUCUCUUUACCAGUCUUGGAAGGCACAAAAACACUGUUAUGGACUAUUUAGUUACAUGUUUAGUGAAUUAGUGGCACUUUUGUUGAUGGAGUCAGAAUAAGUUGUCAUUUUACAUUAAAAUGACUUUUUUCUAAUUUUAUUUUUCAGACAUCCACUCCCUUCAUGAAUUCCAACACAGACUUAACAUUCCUACAUUCUGUGAAAACAAUCCAUUUGUGAUGUAGUAAUAUUCAGCCUAAUUUCUUAAGUAAUUUCUUAUGAACUUCGUGAUAAAGUGUGUUGUCUGGAUGUGCUGUUGAACUUUUCAAUGUCUAGUCCUAGAAUUUCAGAGAAUACCUUCUUUUCCAUGUAGCUGAUGAUCCCAUUAACUUCUUCCACUCUCAACUGUUAGGAGAGCACUUCUGUCUGGAGGCUAAUACAUAACCUAUCACUGGCACUAUAUUCUCAUGAAGAAACCAUGAGAACAAGCUAUGUAAAGGAUCCCAUAAGAAUAAAGUCAGCUUUUUGUUCUCAGGGGAAAUCAGUGGCUUACUACCCUCUCCCCAUUGUCCACACAUUCAUGUGUAGCUGAACCAAGCAUGCAUAUGUAUAUGGAGGAGUUGGGAGGAAGAGUUAGCUGAACAUGCACGAUUUUGAAGGUAUAUGGGCACCUUAAACCUUGGAAUGUUAAACAUUUACUUGAGUGUUAGUAGUCUGA